AAUAAUAAUAUAUUUCGCGAGAUAAGAAUUAUUAUUGAGCAUCAUGACACGCGAGAACAAAGAAAAUAUUUUUUCAUAUCUCAUUCGUUGGUUUAAAAUAUUUUGCAAUUUUCAUGCGUUACAUCACAUCACUUGCGAAAAUCGUAGAUUGGAGCGCGGAAUGAGAAAUUUUCUGCGUGUCACGCUACUCACGCUUAUUAUGCAUUAUUCUCGGCUCCGUUUACGAAUUUCCUAAUGUUAUUCCAUGCCAAUUGAAUAUGGCACGUUCAUAAAGCUCUCAAUUUAGCCAGUCUUGCGUUUGACCAGCUCUUCAUUAUUAGGGAGGAAGAAGAAAAUCUUUUACUUGCUAUUGACUUUAUAUAUAAUCAGUCGUGAUAAUAUAUUACAUAUUUACUUGAGACAACAUGUUUGCACAUUGGAUUGUCCAAGUAUCGCACUGAUAAAAUCAAGUGGUCAUUACGUGUAGCUGUAAGAGUCAUUGCGAAUAUAUACUGUAAGCACAAAGGAGAGAUUGGAAAGCGAUGAAAAUGACGACGGUUCCAGCUAAGCAUACUCUUCAUAGUGGAAUUUUUCAUCCUGUCUUACGACAGUGGCAAUCUCCAAAUAUAGAGAUCACUGUCAAUAAUCUUAUGUAUCCUAUAUUCGUAUCGGAUGAGAAAACUAAUAAAGACGCCAUUAAUAGUAUGCCUGGUGUAUACCGUUAUGGCAUUAAUCAGUUGGAGAACAUGUUGCAACCUUUAAUUGCCAAAGGACUGCAGUCUGUCUUAUUAUUUGGCGUAUCGCAACAUCUUGAUAAAGACGAAAUUGGAAGCAACGCCGACAGUGCAAGAAAUCCUAUUAUUCAAGCUGUACCAUUAUUGCGAAAAAAGUUUCCCAAUUUAUUGGUAGCAUGUGACGUUUGUUUAUGUCCAUAUACAAUUCAUGGACACUGCGGUAUUCUAAAAAACGAUGGUAGCAUAAAUAAUGCAGACAGUAUUCAAAGGAUUGCUGAAAUAGCUGUGUCGUAUGCAAAAGCUGGCGCACAAAUUGUUGCACCGUCCGACAUGAUGGAUGGCAGGAUAAGUGCAAUAAAACAGAGUCUAGCUGCUGCUGGAUAUUCAAAUAAAGUAGCAGUUUUAUCAUAUGCUGUAAAAUUCGCGUCAGGGCUUUACGGACCUUUCCGGGACGCAUCGCAGUCUGCUCCCAAGUUCAUAAUAUAUGUUACGUGA